AGUGCGAAUAGGAUGAUAUCAACAUGCCAUGAACAACCAAUAUAUCUACGUUAUCUGCUGCAGAGGGAGUUGACGUGGAGGUGAAAGGUCACAAGCCACGAUUGAGAUGACAUAAACGCGUAUAUUCAGAGAUCAGCUCAUUGGCAUCAGAUCCUACAAGUCGCGGAUUGAAAUCGACAUGUUACGCUAUGGCUGUUGAAAGUGAUAUGAACAUGUUUGGAUGAAAAGUUCGAGUAACGAAGCUCUGAUCAAAUCAACACCAAGCAACCAUGGUUCAAGUAACCCCGACCGUGCCUCCAGUCGGUCCGGGCCCCAACGCGACCUUCACCGCAGUCGACGCAGCUUACGUCAUCAUAACCAAUGGCGUGUCCGUCAUUUCCAUUAUUGGCAACCUCGUCAUCGUCGGGUGCUACUACAUGUACCACGACAUCAGAACAACUGGUCGCAAACUACUGGUCUGCCUCAGUAUUGCGAACUUCAUCAUGUGUAUAGCGGCUCUGCUGCAGGCGGCGACGUUCUACAAGAGCACGGAGCGGGUGUUGCAGGAACGUAGUGUGUUGUGUGAGACGGCGGCCUUGUUUACAGUGUACUCGCACACGGCGAUGUGUUUGUGGACAGACGCCAUCGGCUUCUAUCUGUUCCUCUGUAUGACGUUACGCUUCAUUGUGGUGGCCAACAGGGUGACGUGGCUGUUCCACGUGUUUUCAUGGAUUAUGCCAGCUGUCGUUGCCUUUUCUGCCGGCGCCUCCGACGUCUACGGGUACGACGACACGUUUCUGCGUAAACACCGUCGCCCAGCGCCAUGUUGGAUCAGCGACAGAGUCUCCAAUAAAAUGGACUGGUAUUUUGUCACUGUCGAAGGCUGGACGCUGGCGUCCUAUUUGGCGUCUAUCCUGCUGUAUGUGGUCAUCACGUGCAGCGUUAACUGGAAGGCGAUCAAAAAGGUUGAUCGUGAGUACGUCAUAGAGGACAUGGCUAUUCAGACAGCCAAUAAACAACUCCGUUACAUCCCUAUCAUCUUCAUAUGUCUGCGCAUCUGGGGAACGCUGUACUUCUUGUGUGUCCAGUACGGCACCGCCAGGGCAAGGGACCUGUUUGCUGAUUGGCUACUCAUUGCAAAGGCCAUAGGCGACAACUCAAUCGGACUGGCCAACUGUAUGCUGUUCCUGUUGUCUAUCAAAGCUAUGCGGAAACGAAUAGCCAGGUGGUUCAGUGAAAGGUGCAAGGGCAAGGUCAGCAUGCCAGAGAAUUGGCGGCCAUCUAUCAUCGUCAGACGGAUGCAGAAGAAAAAGGCUAAAGGCCUGGACCUCUCCGGUAUAUCCUUGGACUUCCCCACAAAUGAAGAUUCGUCCUCCAUCGUCGACGACGAUAUCCUGUUUGAACGGGAAGUUUGAUCUUUUCACCUGAACUUACUCCUAGCUAAUGCACAAGGAAUAGCUAGAAACAUGGCGGUAAACUAUUAUGUAACCAACAGACAUUGAUAUAAGAACACAUAGUAAGGGUGUAGUAUUUCCAAUUGUGCUUCUUACCAGCUAUCAACAUAUACAAGUAUCCGAGGAUGUUUUGAAUGGUGUUUGAACACUAUAUGAUCUUGACCUUAUAUUGAUAUGACCUGGCCCUUACUCAAGUAUGUUGCUAUGGCUGCAUUUACUGCACCAGAAUUACAAUGUUUGAUGUACAGCGUUCAUUCUCAGAGUAGCUUUGCUUUGUGUCGCGAUGUAUCCAUGGUCUACACGUGCUACUCUUAUUGCACCAUCCUUAUUCGGCUGUUGUGCUGUACAUAAAAGUUUCAUGGGUUUAGAGACGUUUUACCUGUAUGGCAUGCACGUAAAGAUACAUGGUGAGAGUUGCGCUUGCUAUCAUGAGGACUAGUUUGAAGCUGCUCUCAUGCUGGCACAGCUUCGGUCCACAGAAUCUAUGUUUAGCUGUGAGGGACCGUUCAUAAUUUAUGGCUAUGGGGUGGUGGUGGUGGUGGUGUGUGUGGUGGUGUGAGAUGAUGAUUUUAAGGGUGGGGGGUGUCACCCAUUUGUUCUGGGGAGGUAGGGGGUGAGCAAUAUUUGUACAUAGAUAUAUUAAAAAAUUAUGCUUAAAAAUGAUGGGAAGGGGGAAGGGGGUAAUUGAUUUUGUACAUGAUAUGCAAGGGAAAUCAACUACUUUGUACGUGAGGUGAUGUGAAAUUGGGUUUAACGUCGUGCUUGAAAAUAUUUCGCUCCUAUGACGACGUACAUGCGUGUGUAUGUGUAUGUGCGGCUGCUUGUACUAGCCCAGACUUAAGCUGGUUUU